GCUAUUUCUCAUACUCAUUUGAAUGCGUACCUAACCCAACCUCCUGUUCACGUGUGCAUGUGUAUAUAUUUUAAGUUACUUGGGUGAAUUAUUUUGUUUGGGGAGAUAGCGUCAUGGAGGGAGCGGGGCAAGAGGAGAGGCUAAAUUUCAUCCCAUGUCUCACUUGGGUCAAAAGAGGGGUUGCAAAAGCAGAACCCGAUAAGGUAAAACUUUCCGAAGAAGAGUUGGCCACUUUAUUGAAAGAAUCUGAAGCUGACUUGCCAUCUGAUGAAAAUGAUUUGGACGAAUCCAAUAGUGAUGAAGAUGAAGCAGCUGAAACACCAAGUACUUCAGUGUCCCUCAAAAAAGAGACCGCCACCAAUUCCGGUGAUGACAUGGAAAAUAAGUAUGAUUUUGAUGGUUAUGAUGAUGAAAUAGAGAAACCCGAUGUUAUUGGAGGCAUAGCUGGUCUUACGGUCUACUCUAGUAACAAGGAUGACCCUUAUAUUACACUACCAGAUGAUUCUGACAAUGAUAGUGAACAGGGCGAUGACUUAAUAAAACCCAAUGACAACCUUGUGCUUGUGGGGCAUGUAAUUGGAGAUCAGGCUACUCUGGAAGUUUAUGUUCAAAAUGAGGAAGAAGGCUCCUUAUAUGUUCAUCAUGAUAUAUUAUUGCCUGAUAUACCCCUGUGUUUAGAAUGGUUAAAUUAUGAUCCAUCAUCUCCAACUGAUACCAAUCUUUGUGCUGUUGGGGGAAUGACACCAGUUAUUCAUGUAAUUGAUUUGGAUAUUGUUGAUUGUUUGGAACCUGCAUAUGUACUUGGGUCUGCUGAUGUUGAAAGUAAUGACCCUGUAGCAGUUCACUUUAAAAAGAAGAAGAAGAAGGGCAAAAAGAAACGAGAUCACAUUGGGCAUAAAGAUGCAGUUCUCGACCUUUCUUGGAACACUAAUUUUACUCAUGUGCUUGCUAGUGGUUCAGUGGACCAAACAGUCAUUCUUUGGGACCUUGAGAAUGGCACAGUAAAUACCACUCUUGACGCCUUUCGUGAAAAGGUGCAGACAAUCAAGUGGCACCCCUUUGAAGGACAAACACUGUUAACUGGAAGUUGUGAUAUGGCUGUCCGGGUAUUUGACUGCAGAAGUAAAGAUUCUUACAAGGCUUGGUCAAUGCCUGGUGAAGUUGAACGGGUGAUAUGGAACCACUACAAUCCAUUCUGUUUUUUGGCCAGCACAGAUAAAGGCACAGUGCACUACAUUGAUUGUCGAAAUGAUAAACCAGUCUGGGAGCUCUCUGCACACUCUAAAGAAGUGACAGGUCUUAGUUUGAGUUCUGCUUGCCCUGGUCUUCUCUUUACUGGAUCAAGUGAUGGCCUUGUAAAAGUGUGGGAUAUAGAGGAACAGUCCAAACCAGUAUGGGUUUGGGAAAAUGAUGUCAAGCUGGGUAACUUACAAUGUCUUGGAUCAAGUCCAGAUGCUCCUUUCACAUUAGCUGCUGGAGGAGAUAAAAAGAGCCGAAAUUUUGGAGUGUGGGAUCUCUGUGAUAACGUAGCAGUUUCAAACAGGUUUUCAAAGCGCCCUCUUCUUCUUCCCGUGAAGAAGGAAGAAUCCACAACUGAAGAUGAAAGUCCAUCAAAUGUGGCAAGUUCAUCUGUUAUGGAUACUGUGGCUACUGCAAUGGAUGAUCUAUGCUUAUCAUUAUCAAAUGAACCAAAAGAUAAAUUGAAGAAAUUGUCCGGACACACUAAAGUUAUAAAGAAAACUAAAAAGAAGAAGAAAGCAGCUGUUUCAAAGUAGGCUAUUAGAUAACAAUAAAGUGUAUAAAUUCCAACAAUUAAGUGAGAUUUAUUAAAAUCCAAUUAAAUUACUAUAAAACUCUUUA